AAAAAAAAAUUCUUGUAUAAACCUAUGUUUUUUUAACUUUCUCAGGUUUGUGAAAUAUCAUUCUCUGAUCCCACAGGAGGAACAGAUGGGUUGUCCUUGUACAAAAUAUGGUAUCCACCUGCACUUCAUUAGAGAGCUGUAUUUUUGUACAUGCCACACCACAAGAUCACCAUGAUGACAUAGCAGCUUCAGAGAACAGCGUGACUAGGGCUUUUUUUUUUUCCCCUCUUGUUACACAGAGGAUCUGGCAGACUUUUACCUCCUGACACUGUUUAGAGCAUAUAUUGGUCGAUACAGUCUCCUAUUGCAUCUGCUCUGGGAAUUAAGGAAAGCAGCUUGAAGGCAGUAAGGAACAAGACACGUUAGAAAGAUGACUUUAAACUCCCUACCUGUCUUUCUGCUGUUGAUUAGUGGCAUUUUUUGCCAAUAUGAAUACGGUCCUGGAGAUGAUUAUGGCUAUGACCCUUUUGGGCCAUCUGCAGCAGUCUGUGCCCCAGAAUGUAAUUGUCCUUUAAGCUACCCUACUGCCAUGUAUUGUGACAAUCUUAAGCUGAAAAAAAUUCCAAUUGUACCAAGUGGAAUAAAAUACCUCUAUCUUCGAAACAAUAUGAUUGAAGGAAUUGAAGAGAACGCAUUUGACAAUGUAACAGACCUACAGUGGUUGAUCCUAGAUCACAACCAUUUGGAAAACUCAAAAAUUAAGGGAAGAGUCUUCUCUAAACUAAAGAACCUGAAGAAACUUCACAUUAACUACAACAAUUUGACUGAAGCUGUUGGACCACUUCCCAAAACACUCGAUGACCUGCAAUUAAGUCACAACAAGAUCACAAAAGUCAGUCCUGGUUCAUUUGAGGGGCUGAUGAAUCUGACUGUCAUUCACCUCCAGAACAACCAGCUGAAAGCAGAUUCUAUUUCUGGGGCUUUUAAAGGCCUGAAUUCACUUUUGUAUCUUGACUUAAGCUUCAAUCAACUUACAAAGCUCCCAACAGGACUGCCUCACUCCUUGCUCAUGCUGUACUUUGAUAAUAACCAAAUUUCCAAUAUUCCCGAUGAGUACUUCCAAGGUUUUAAAGCCCUGCAAUAUUUACGUUUAUCCCACAAUAAAUUAACAGAUUCUGGAAUACCAGGUAAUGUCUUCAACAUCACAUCUCUAGUUGAGUUGGAUCUCUCCUUCAAUCAGCUGAAGAGCAUUCCAACUGUCAGUGAGAACCUGGAAAACUUCUACCUCCAAGUCAACAAAAUUAACAAGUUCCCACUGAGCAGCUUCUGUAAGGUGGUUGGACCAACAACCUAUUCCAAGAUCACACAUUUGCGCCUGGAUGGAAACAACCUCACCCGGGCUGACCUGCCCCAGGAGAUGUACAACUGCCUUCGGGUGGCUGCUGAGAUCUCCCUGGAGAGAUCUAAGCAGUGUGGAUUGAAAGGACACACGUGGAGUAGAAAUCCUGUAAUUGCUGCAGACGCUUUUCUCAAACUAGAACAAUACCAGCAGUAUCUCUUAGAAAUUAUCUCCAAAAUUCAGGGGGAGGAAAUUUGUAACUUUGGAUAUGAGAGAGAAAACACCAUGAUUCUAAAAGUCUAUACAAGCCUUUUGCUCUUAUUCUUGGUCAAUUCCGUGUGGACUCGAACUGUGAGACAAGUUUAUGAUGAUCUGGAUCCUGACCAUUGGUCUCACUAUACUUCUGAAUGUCCACAGGAGUGCUUUUGUCCUCCUAGUUUCCCCAAUGCAUUAUACUGUGAUAACAAAGGACUUAAAGAAAUACCUCCGAUUCCAGCAAGAAUUUGGUACCUCUAUCUUCAAAACAAUCAAAUUGAAACAAUUUCAGAGAAGCCUUUUGUGAAUGCCACUCAUUUGAGAUGGAUAAAUCUGAGCAAGAAUAAGAUCACCAACAGUGGAAUUGAAAGCGGUGUGCUGAGCAAGCUGAAAAGACUGCUUUACUUAUUCCUUGAAGAGAACGAAUUGGAAGAGGUGCCUGCCCCAUUACCAGUGGGUCUGGAACAGCUGAGACUAGCUAGAAACAAAAUCUCCAGAAUCCCAGAAGGAGUCUUUAGCCACUUGGAAAACCUUACUAUGUUAGACCUGCACCAGAACAGUUUGUUGGACAGCGCUCUUCAAAGUGACACCUUCCAAGGACUCAACAACCUUAUGCAACUCAACAUAGCAAAAAAUUCACUCAAGAAAAUGCCUUUAAGCAUUCCAGCUAAUACACUCCAGCUCUUUUUGGACAACAACUCCAUCGAAGUUAUACCAGAAAACUACUUCAGUGCAAUACCCAAAGUGACUUUCCUUAGGCUGAACUACAAUAAAUUAUCUGAUGAUGGUAUCCCUCCAAAUGGGUUUAACGUUUCAUCUAUUCUAGACCUACAGCUGUCUCACAAUCAGCUCACUAAAGUUCCACCAAUCAAUGCUCACCUUGAGCACCUUCAUCUUGAUCACAACAAAAUCAAAAGUGUCAAUGGUACUCAGAUAUGCCCAGUUUCCAUUGCCCUAGAAGAAGAUUAUGGUUAUUAUGGCAACAUCCCUCGCCUCCGAUACCUUCGUCUGGAUGGAAAUGAAAUUCAACCUCCAAUCCCAUUGGACAUCAUGAUUUGUUUCCGACUACUUCAAGCUGUUGUCAUAUAAAGAUAUUGCAGUGGUACUCUUGUACUGUGAGAAUGCUAAGAUACAAGUUUUGCUGGAAUGAAACUUG